AGCUUAUGAUCUAUUGGAGGAUGGAAAUGAAAAACAUGUGGUCAUUAGUAACGGUUCCUUUUCCAAGAUUUUGGCACCAGGUGCAAGAGCAGGGUGGAUUGAAGCUGGUGAAACCAUUAUUAAGCAAGUGGCUGCCUGGUAACGUAAUCAAAGGAUGAAAUAGUUUAAACAUUUUUUUUUUUUAAUUUAAUUUAUUAUUAUUUUACCCUUACACAUGAAUCUAAUACAACAUGAUAGCGGCUCAUUUAUAUCAGGUGGAUCACCCUCGAAUUUGUCCAGCCAAAUUAUCAAUGAAAUGUUGGGGGAUGGGUCAUUACACCAUCAUGUCGAAUUUCUUCGCAAGACGCACGGGGACCGAUUGUACGAAGGAUUAUUAAGACCGAUGCAACGCGAUUUAGUUCCCUUGGGUUGUUCCAUUCCGGUUUUACCACGAGGAGGGUAUUUUGUCUGGUUAAAACUACCUAUCCCUGGAAAUCAGUUGAUGGAAGUCACACGACAUCAUAAGAUUGAGGUGAACGUGGGUUUAGGGACCCUUUUUUCAGUAACGGAAGAUACCACACAUUAUGUUCGACUUUCGUUUGCAAAUUAUGAUACAAAGACUUUACAGUUGGGUGUCUCUCGAUUACAACAAGCCCUUUCUAUUGCUUUAAAGACAAAUUAAUUUUUUUUUUUUUUUUUUACAUCAAUAAGCAAGAGAGUUUAUUUUUAUUUUAUUGGUUGAUUGGUAAUGAGAAGAAAAAAAAAAAAAGGGUCGUCAAUAAAAGAAGGAU